CAAGCUGGCAAUCGGCCAAGCCGCAAGCAGCCGAGCCGCAUUGUCGUUUGUGCCAACGUCAGUCGACGAACGGAAUCCUCGCCCUCCUUCAUCCCUCGUUCAGAAAUGUUCUGAAAGCUUUGAGACACCUCGACGAACACACAAUAUACCGCGCAAAAUGAACGCAGCGCAGACCGUUCCGGGGUUCUUGCUCCCGCGCCUGAGCUGGACUUCUUCCCUCUCCGGACCUGCAUCUAUUCCAGGGGCUUCGGCAGUUGUCUUUCAGCAAGCGAGGAAUACCACCAAGAGGGCAGUACGGUAUACGAUAUCAAGAAGGCUGCUUCAUGCCGCGGAUGCGAGCCCCAUGAAGAGCUGCGGUGGCUUGAGGGUUAAUACCAACAGCACCCGUCAGGCCAGGAGUCUGAGCAACAUCGUCCGCCAUCCCGGCCUCCGCCGCUCAUUCCACGCCUCCCCUGAACGCAGGCGCGACCAUCACUUCGACACGCUGCGCUUCGUACAACGCCUGCAAGAAGAGGGCUUUACCGAGGAGCAGUCCGUGGCCAUGAUGAAGGUGCUGAACGACGUCAUCGAGGAGAGCAUCCAAAACCUCACCCGCACCAUGGUGCCGCGCGAAGAAGCAGCCAAGACGACCUACACACAAAAAGUCGACUUCGCCAAGCUGCGCAGCGAGCUGCUCUCGGCGGACAGCACCGAGUCCAACGCGACGCGGGCGGCGCACGAGAAGCUGACCAACGACAUUGCUAAGCUCAGCUCACGGCUCCGCGACGAGAUUGGGCGCACACAGGCCAGCGUGCGACUCGACCUCAACCUGGAGAAGGGCCGCAUCCGCGAGGAGGCCGUGUCACAGGAGCUCAAGAUCAAGGAGACCGAGACCAAGAUCGAGCAGGAGGCGGCCGCGCUGCGCCAGCAGCUCGAGCAGGUCAAGUUCCAGACGCUGCAGUGGCUGAUGGGCGUGUGCACGGGCUUCGCGGCGCUGCUGUUGGGUGCUUGGAGGUUGUUGAUGUGAGGUAUUGGGGCGUGCAGGGCUCUUGUUGUGUGUGUUUCUAUUACUGCUUACGAUACCAGCAGCUGAGCCAACACAGUUGUGUCUUUUGGGACAUCACUGUUUGUCAUGUGCAAAGAAAUUAGAAGCUGUCUUUGACGCUUAGUCAAUGCUGCCACAGAUCCGAUCAUGGAUGUUCACCAUCGCUCAUUGUUGAGACUCUCGAUGGUCUUGCCUAAGCGAGUCGGAGUGUGUAACAGGACUACGGUGGUUAUUGUUAGAUGGUUCCUUUUCUAUAACCGUGUAUUAUCAGCGAGUGGCCUACAUCAGAGAGUGACCCAGCUUAAUAGCUUUAGCAGGGCUGCAUCUAACCGAAUGUCUGAUAAGAAAUUGAUAUCGCUCC